AUGGGGCAAUCGGAUGAUAUUGAGGACUCGAUGUACAGCCGGCACCAAGAUCUUUGCCAAAAGCUGAAUAUGGACGCGACCGCCGCAUCCGAGGCUUGGAAAUCCUACGAGACUAUUCGGCAGAAUUAUACUCUCGAGGGUGACCAGUUGCAUUGGAUAGGAUGUGCAGUUUAUGUCGCUUGUAGAAAAUUCUCUAUACCCACAGUAGGAAGACCAGGUACUAAUGUGGAAGGCAAUUGUGUGUCAUUGACCCGUCUUUUGCAACUGUGUAAUCUUCCACUGAUACAAUUCUUCACAAAGAGCAAGUCAUGGGCAGAUAUGGCAAAUAUGCCACAAGACUUUCGAGCUAGAAUAGAAAAGCUAGAAGCUAAUUUCUCGGUAUCUAUGGUUAUAUUUAAGAAAUAUCAGCCCAUAUUUGCGGAUAUAUUUAAAGAUCCUCGAGAAGAUAUCUCGAAACCACAUAGAUCCAGAAGGCACAAAGCAGUGCCCUGUACACCCACUAGAGUCUUUGAAUUUUGUUGGACAUUGUUUAUAUGCAUAAAAGGUGCAAUUCACGAUAUCUCUGAUGAUCUUGUUAACUCUUAUCAUCUCCUACUAGUCUGCUGCGAUCUUAUAUAUAGCAAUGCUCUAUUAUCUAACAGAAAAGAAUUGUUCAAUCCAAAUUUUCCUGGCUUACCAACAAAUUUUAAUGAUGAAAAUUAUAACCAGCCACAAACAGCAAAUUGCAUUGUUAAUUUGCUGUGCGAGCGUCAUGAUGCAAUAGCUGUUGAGGCUAAAGUAAUAAAAGAAUACUGCAUGAAGAAUUACAUUAACAAACUAUUUAAUGAGAAAAUUUUACGUGGUGAUCAGUCAAAUUUCUCUGGUAUGCUAGAGGCAUUGAAUUUUGAUGGUAACAACAAGGCCAUUAAUAAAUCUUAUGAACAGCGUAUGCUAAGUGUUGGAGACUUUGAUGAGAGAAUUUUCUUAGCGGAAUGGAGGAGAAUAAUUUUGAACAAUAUAUCAAUUUCAAAUAUAUUUAUGCAAAACGAUGCUAAGCAUGGCGAAUUUAUUAAAUAUGAAAUUUUACAAGGCCAUAACGCUAAUGAAAAUAUUGGAUCCCCUACGCAAAUGAUGAACAUUGAAGAUUUUCAUGAAAGAUUACAAAUGCAGAGGGAACAGCAUGCUGGGAUACAAUAUCUGGCACCUCCCACGCCAUUAACUGGACGUAAAUAUCUCCGAUCGAAGGAUAUGUCCAAUACAACACCAGUGACUACGGCCACUCAAAGUGUUAUUAAGUUACAAGCUUUGAUAGCUGGACAAUCUGCUCCAAGCGAAAGUUUGUUACAAAUACUGAACAAUUGUUCUCAGGAUGUUAAGUCUUCACUCGAGGCAAAAGUUAAACAGAUUGGUGAGCAAUUUUGUGCAAACUAUAAUAGUAAUGCAAAUAUUGCCAACACGAACGACGGUUCAGCAUCUGACUUUGGAAAAAACCGUCUUCGCAUGGGACGAACCUUGUUUUACAAGCUUUUAGAAAUGAUUCUAAACGACGAGAAACGUAAAAAACCGAAUGAUGAUAUAACUAAUCUUCUUUUGAAUGCAGUUUUUAUCCAAUGCCUUUUUGCCUGCUGUUUGGAGAUAGUUAUAUAUUCAUACAAAAGUAACGAUAAAGUAUUUCCUUGGAUACUGAAAGCUCUGAAUCUGGAUGCUUACUAUUUCUAUAAGGUUAUAGAAAUUAUAGUAAGAGCUGAGGAUCAGUUGUCGCGGGAUAUUGUUAAGCACUUGAAUCAUAUUGAGGAGAAGAUUUUGGAGUCUCUAGCAUGGCAAAGUGACAGUCCUUUGUGGCAAACUAUUGAGUCUUUGGUAGAUGGUGUGCCGAGCUGUGAGGAAGUUUCUUUGCCUGGCACAUUGGAAACUGCUGACCCAAACGCGCCUGGUCAACCUGUUUUAAGACGGAUUGCUUUGGAUCGGGAACGUACUCAACAUGAUGUUCAACAAAGUCCGAUUUCGUCCGCUUCGGAAAGAUUUCAAUCUCCUGUCGCAGCAUCUGGUGUAGCAAAGAAGCGAUUAUUCUCCGAAACUAGGGUUACCGGUCAAAGUGUUCUUCGUGUCGGACAGAGUGUAUUAUCCACUAACAGAAUGUUAGUGGAUAAUGGUCAAAGAAUACUUCUGGUUCCCGAACAAAUUGUCGUUUCUAGACCAUCAAGUACGCAAGCAAUAAAUAAUUCCACACAAUCAACGAACAGAGACGCGGCUAAACCGAAGAGAACAGGCUCUGUCGCUCUGUUCUUCCGAAAGUUCUACAAUCUUGCAUGCGUACGCAUGCAAGAUUUGUGCAAUUCAUUGGAAAUAUCCGACAACGAUAAGAAAAAGAUCUGGACGAUUUUCGAAUAUUCUGUCAAGGAACGUACCAAAUUGAUGAAGGAUCGGCAUCUCGAUCAGAUCUUAAUGUGUGCAAUUUAUGUAAUAUGUAAACUGGUUAGGAUAGAAAGAAAUUCAUUCACUGAAAUUAUGCGAUGUUAUCGUUUACAGCCGCAGGCUGAAUCACAUAUAUAUAGAUCAGUGCUUAUCGAAAGAGCUUCUAAUGACAGAGAUUCGAGGACGAAUAGUAACGAAAGAUCAGAAGAUAAUAAUAUGUCAGUAGCGGAAAAUGUAACUCCACCUACACCAACAAAUAUGGCCGGAACAUCGCAAAACUUCGAUGGAGACAUACGCGGCGAUCUAAUUAAGUUUUAUAAUACGUUGUAUGUCCCACAAGUCAAGGAAUUUGCAAACAAAUUUGGAUCGGCUCGCGGUAGUGUCAUGAAUCUCUCGCUGAGUCCUUUACCGAAAGGAAAGGCACCUGCUAAUUCUCCAAUAAGACGUGUUACUGGUAGUAUUAUGACACGCACUCUAGAUCCGAAGGCUAUAAGUGCGUCACCGGCACCGCAAUUAAGUUAUUGCUUCAGUCGUAGCCCAGCCAAGGAUUUAGAAGCUAUCAAUAAGAUGAUGAUAUGUGUGGACGCAAAAAAGAAGAGUGUAGGAAAACGAUUACUUUCUGAUGACACAGAUGUAGAAAUGACAGAAAGUACAUCUCCUCCGAAAAAAACUACAACUUUUGUUGCACGGAAAUUAGAAAAUAUUAUUGGAGAACGACGAACGCAAAAUCAAUAAGCGGAAUGUGACAAAACGACAACAUUAAUCAUAGUUUAUGAGAAUGAGAAGAGUGUUCAAUUUGCUUUUUAUUUGCAUAAGAAUUGAUUUGCAAAAGCGAAGAAAUCUACACAAAACAGAUGAAAGCCAAUCCCUUGGCUAUCUAGCAUAAAUAUGAAACGUUCGUUUCUCAGGUAUAGUCAUUCUAGCAAAUUGGAAGGGCCCAAUAAAUGUAUCAUUCACAUUAUAUAA